UAAAUUAUAUCAAAAAAAGAUUCAAUUGAUAUAAAGAUUUUAAGCAGAAAAGUUUACGGUUAAAACAAAAAUAGCUAAAAAAAAAGAAAAUGUUCAAAUUGGUGUUUAUUUUAGCCAUAAGUAUUGGAUGUAUCCAAUAUGCUAAUGCUGUAUGUAAUGUAUGUAAUGAACGAAGUGGUGUGGCCUGUAUAAGUGAAACCGAGUUUCAUCCUUGCUUUGGAGAUGUUCCGGAUACCUCAUUAACAUUUUCAUGUUUAAGAGAGGAUCACAUAUGCACAAUAGCAGGUACGGCUUGUGUGGAUAAAACCUUAAACGAUGUCCCUCCCGCUUGCGGUGAUACUUCAAAUUGUGGCAAGUGUAGUAAAUCGGUAAAUGAUAAUGGAAUGUUUGCCUGCACAAGUCGUACAACAUUUACCAUGUGUCUUGAUAAUGAAUUAAGUGAUUUGCGCUUUUCAUGCAAAGAAGAUGAAAUCUGUGAUAUAAAUAAAGGAAAAAAUAAAGAAUAUCCAUGUGUUCCCAGUUGUUAUGAGAAAAAUACCGAAAUUUGUGACGUUUACGAUCCAGUUGAUAUGCCGGUAACUACAACACCAGAACCAACGACAACUACCGAAUUGCCAACAACAACCGAAUUGCCCACAACAACCGAAUUGCCCACAACAACCGAAUUACCCACAACAACCGAAUUGCCAACAACAAGUGAAUUGCCCACAACAACCGAAUUGCCAACAACAAGUGAAUUGCCAACAACAAGUGAAUUGCCAACAACAAGUGAAUUGCCAACAACAACGACAACAGAAAAGGAUACAACCACAACAACAGAAAAGGAUACAACCACAACAACAGAAAAGGAUACAACCACAACAACAGAAAAGGAUACAACCACAACAACAGAAAAGGAUACAACCACAACAACAGAAAAGGAUACAACAGAACCAAUUACCACAACUACACAAAAAGUUACUACAACAACCGAAGAGAUCACUACAACAACAAUAUUUGCUCCUACACCUCCAGAAGUCAUUACAACAACUACAGAAGAACCCACCACCACACAAAAUCCAGCUGAACUUGUAUGCUCACAACAAACAGCAGCCGGACGUUAUCCUUAUCCAAAUGACACUACCUGUAAAAAUUACAUCUACUGCUACAAAAAAGGUGGAGCUAUGCAAACUACUUUCCUAAAAUGCCCUGCUGAACUUUAUUUCAAUCCUUCGACAAGCUUAUGUGAUAAAGUAAAGCCUCAGGGUUGUCUCUAAAUUUAAUUGUUUUUUCUUACGAUUUAAGAUUUAGUAUUUAGCUCUUAAAGCUAAUUUUAGUAAUAAAUAUUAAAGAAAGUGAAUAAAUGAAAGACAACGAAAUAUAGCA